AUGACCUGGAAGUUUGGCGGUAAGUGGGUUCGCGGCGAGUACAUGUACCGUAUCGACAUUAAGCGGUAUAACCGCAAGUGGCCACCCUAUAAGGAGCCUGUGGGCGACUGCAAGAGCGAGUAUAAGUUCGUCCUUAACUCUAUCUUUAUUCACGGCGGCGGCUGGGCUACGGCCGACUUCGGCUGGGAUACGCUUAAGAAGAAGGCCGGCUUAUGUAUCGGGUCCACCCCGACGUUGUGGAAGUUCUGGUACUACGACUCCCUAGAUAAGGACGGCAUGGAGUGGGCGGCUAGCUUUAAUACUCCGGUCUUUAUAACGUCGAGAUGCUUCGAUAAUGAUAAGGUGCCUAAUGACUCGGGUGGCCACGUUAGCGGCUGCGGUGGAACUGGCUAG